ACUGCCCACGCUAAGCCCAAACAACGCUAGUGGUUCGCCUAUCAACCUUGGAAUUUUGAAGCCUCCAGCCUUUGUGCGCAGUGCUCUUCGACGAACAACUAUUAACACCCGAGUGCGCCUACGUCCAUCCCAAGCAGAAGCCACUCAUCGCAAUCAUGGCCGAGCAACUCGUACUCCGUGGUACCCUCGAGGGCCACUCCGGCUGGGUCACCUCCCUUGCUACCUCUCUGGAGAACCCCAACAUGCUCCUGUCCGGAUCGCGCGACAAGACUCUGAUCAUCUGGAACCUGACCCGCGACGAGACCUCCUACGGCUACCCCAAGAGGAGUCUGCACGGUCACUCCCACAUUGUCUCCGACUGUGUCAUCUCCUCUGACGGCGCCUACGCUCUUUCCUCAUCGUGGGACAAGACCCUCCGCCUCUGGGAGCUCUCCACCGGUGUCACCACCCGCCGCUUCGUCGGCCACACCAACGACGUUCUCUCCGUCUCCUUCUCCGCCGACAACCGCCAGAUCGUCUCCGGAUCGCGCGACCGAACCAUCAAGCUCUGGAACACCCUCGGUGACUGCAAGUACACCAUCACCGAUAAGGGCCACACCGAGUGGGUCUCGUGCGUCCGCUUCUCCCCCAACCCCCAGAACCCCGUCAUCGUCUCUGCUGGUUGGGACAAGCUCGUCAAGGUCUGGGAACUCGCUUCAUGCCGCAUCCAGACUGACCACAUCGGUCACACCGGUUACAUCAACACCGUCACCAUCUCGCCCGAUGGCUCCCUCUGCGCCUCCGGUGGUAAGGACGGAACCACCAUGCUGUGGGACCUGAACGAGUCCAAGCACCUCUACUCUCUCUCCGCCGGUGACGAGAUCCACGCCCUUGUCUUCUCCCCCAACCGCUACUGGCUGUGCGCUGCCACCGCCUCCAGCAUCAUCAUCUUCGACCUUGAGAAGAAGUCCAAGGUUGACGAGCUCAAGCCUGAGUACAUGGAGGUUGGCAAGAAGAGCCGGGAGCCCGAGUGUGUCUCCUUGGCCUGGAGCGCCGACGGCCAGACCCUGUUCGCCGGAUACACCGACAACCGUAUCCGCUGCUGGGGUGUCAUGGCGAGGGGAUAAGGUAGUGCAUGUUGGGUAGUGCAACGGGGCGUAACGGGAAAAUCACGAUUCCACAUCUUCUGUAGCAUGCCAUGGGUUAUGAUUGAUGCUCAUGCGGGAUGGGUUUGGGACUCUUCCGGCAUUACCACGUCCAGGCGCUUAGAGUCAAUGAAAAUUCUCAAGUCCAAAAGUGGUUGCUUGCCAUGCGUGGUGGUUUAUGUUUUCGUAUGUGGACUAUGGAGGUUAAGGUUGCUCAUUGAAACGUCCUCCGCGAUGAACGAAGUGUGUCGCUGCUCCGAUAUGGUUUGGGAUAAAAGUCUUUCAUAUGAUAAUCGCAUCCCAUGAUCUCACAAAACA